AGUUUCACAACAAUGAAUUCUACACUGCAAUUACGGAUGAAGACUCGGAACGCAUAGAAGACAUGUCAAAAAAGUAUGGCAGCAACUUCCUCAUCAAGAUACAAGACGGUGCACCCGGAGAAGUUUUGUGGAAGGUAAAUGUAUCAAUGCAACUAUUUUAAAAAUUACUUCUGAGAACUGGAAGAUGUUAAAUAUAAGUUUAAUUAUAAUUCAUAAAGUAUUUCUGAUUCUGAUUACAUACAAAUUGCCACAUGGACAGAACCAUAGCAUCUUUUAUAUUAAAUACUGACAGCGAUAACCACAAGGAGGUCAGGGAUCAUUCACAAAUGUCACGUUUAUGCUAUAAUUAAAUUUAUGAAGAUAAAAAAGACGUUUAAAUGAAGUACUUCUUGGGGUGUUGAAAAACUGAAAAAUAUUUGUGUUUUACAGUGCUCGAGUUUGUCUUGUCUUGUCUUGUCAUGCCUUAGGAUCUUGCUAUCCUCCCCCUUCACCUGGCUGCCUCUUACAGAAGAGUAAAGAGCAUGCAGAGCCUGCUGUCAGCAGGGGCAGACCCUGAAAUGAGGGACCGGCUCGGUCAGACCACUCUGCACUUGGUGAUAACUGGUUGGCCGAGCAGCCUGGCUGCUUGGCCAAAACCAAGUAGCAAGGUCCAGACUGCUGUGAGCGGCGUGUGCAGGCAGGCAGAGGCCUGUCUGCGGCUCCUCUGUGAGCACGGCGUUAACGUCAAUGCAGAGGUGGAGGGAGAGAGUCACCAGACAGCUCUCCACCUAUCGGUACGCUACGCAGCUCUGUCUGCCAUCCAUAUUCUGGCCAGCUAUGGUGCUGAUGUUAAUGCUGUGGACAGCAGUGGGAUGACGCCCCUGCAUAUGGCCGCUGGGAUCCUCCGUAAGGACAUUAUAGCCAGUUUGAUCAAGGAGGGAGCAGAUGUCAACAUGGAGGUGAAGCAGUCUGGGAACACUCCUCUUCACCUCGCUGCUGUGGCGAUGACUAUGAAGACCACUAAAACCCUGGAGGACAACACAUGCUGCAUUUCUGAGCUGCUCGAGCAGGGGGCGACGGCCAAUGCAGUGAACAAAGCUGGACUGACACCUUUACAGGAAGCGUGCAGCAUGGGCAACAAGGAGCUGGUGGACGUACUGCUCAGGUAUGGAGCCGACAUAAAUAAGCUGAACAAAGCAGGAGAGAACGGUCUGUUCCUGUUCCUGAACCACAGGCCUAAUGUAAGCAACAGAUCUCUGCUGGUGAAACUCAUCAGUCUGACCUCUCCGCUCACUGUGUACAACCACAAAGGCCACCUGCCUUCAACCUUGAUGCUUCCAUGUUUCUUCAAACAGAGAGACCAGCUACUAAAACUCAUUCAGCAGCCAAGGAGGCUUCAGGAUAUUUGCAAGCGUGAAAUUUAUCUAAAACAUGUCCAAGACAAGGGAAAACAGCUGAUAAAAAUCUUUCCUGAGAGGCUAUAUGACUUUGUAUUCAACUACUGGGAGAAUUUACAAAUUUCCUUUGAGACAGAUGAACAGGACUCUUUUAACGUAUAUGAUAUUGCUCCUAUUUAACACCUGUGUGUCACUGCAAACUGCAUGUGACCCUCAUCUGAUCAAAUAAAAUCUAUCGAAGCAGCUUACCUUCAGGUCUCU